AUGUUUAGCCCUUCACUGGCCAGGAAAUUCCGUUGUUGCGAUAUGAAAGCUGUUACCAGGAUGUUCGUCGCAAUUGGCCAGAUCUCUUGCCAUCCCAAUGUUGAAUUCUGUGAAGACCUCGAGAUAUCGUCGGCGAACUUUCGAGCCCGUGAGAAGCAGAUCAUCGACGAAAUCAUCGGCCCCGAAAACUACGACAAGCGCAUCAGGCCGGCGGGGACCAAUGACACAGGACCCGCCAUCGUCCGCAUUAACAUCAUGAUUAGGAAUGUGGAGACGAUAUCUGACGUCAAGAUGGAAUACAGUAUACAGAUCUAUUUCCGAGAACAGUGGAAGGAUCAUCGUCUAACCUUCAACAAUAUGGGAGGACGUAUCAAGUACCUGACGCUCACAGAGGCUGACAUGGUGUGGAUGCCUGACUUGUUCUUCAAGAACGAGAAGGAGGGACAUUUUCACAAGAUUAUCCUUCCUAAUUUCUACAUCCGAAUCUAUCCCGAUGGCGGAGUCCUCUACAGUAUCCGAAUCUCGCUGACGUUAUCUUGCCCGAUGGACCUGAAGCUGUUCCCCCUCGAUCGUCAGCAGUGUCAGCUCCUUAUGGCUUCUUACGGAUGGACGACCGAGGACCUGGUGUUCCUGUGGAAGGACGUGGAGCCUGUACAGGUCACGAAGAACCUGCACCUACCACGCUUCACCUUGGAGAAGUUUAUCACGGACUACUGCAACAGCAAGACGAACACCGGUGAAUACUCGUGCCUGCUGGUGGCGCUCAUCUUCAAGAGGGAAUUUUCAUACUACCUGAUCCAGUACUACAUCCCUUGCUGUAUGUUGGUGAUCGUGUCAUGGGUGUCCUUCUGGCUGGACCAAAACGCCGUGCCCGCCCGCGUGGCCCUCGGCGUGACCACGCUGCUCACCAUGUCGACGCAGACCUCCUCCAUCAACCAGUCGCUCCCGCCCGUGUCCUACACCAAGGCCAUCGACGUGUGGACGGGCGUGUGCCUCACAUUCGUGUUCGGCGCGCUGUUGGAGUUCGCCCUCGUCAACUACGCCUCGAGGUCCGACAAGCACCGCGAGAAGCUGAAGGAGAAGCUGAAGGAGCAGAAGAAGCAGUGGGAGGUGGAGCACGCGGCCGCCCUCGAGGCUGUCAUGGCGGAGCAGGCGGAGGACGGUCACUCGGCUUUCGCCAUGAAGCCCCUCGUCUCCCGGCACAACGGCGGAAUGGGCGGCGAGAAGACGCGCCCGUGUGAGAUCCACCUGCAGGCGCCUCGCAAGAACUGCUGUCGCUCCUGGCUGUCCAAGUUCCCCACAAGGAGUAAGCGCAUCGACGUCAUCUCCCGCAUCACUUUCCCGCUGGUGUUUGCCUUCUUCAACAUGGCUUAUUGGAGUACGUAUCUCUUCACGGAGGAGGAGGAGGACAACCCCAAAUAG